AUGCCUCUGCAGGUGACAGACUACUCGUGGACGCAGACUGAGGCCACGGUUUACAUUCACGUGCCUUUGAAAGGGGCGAAGGUCGGGAAAGUGGACAUUCUCUGUACGGACGAGUACCUGAAGGUGCAUUACCCACCUUACCUGUUUGAAGCCUUCCUGCAUGAACCGGUCGAUGAUGACAGCAGCACAGCAAAGGUUGGAAACGGAGUUGCAGUCGUCAGCUUGGCAAAGAGAGCCCAUACGAUGUGGAAGGAUCUGAUGAUAACUACAUAUGAUAAAGAAAAAAAGAAGGAGGUGAGAGAAAGAGCUCUGUUGAAAUACCAGGAAAAGCUUUCUUCAGAGUCCAGAUCCAAGGCAGAGAAACGACACGCAGAGAAGAAAUAUGCACUGGAGACAAUGAUGAAGCUUGAAAAGGAGGAAAGAGACAGCAUCCAGAAAAUGAAGGACACUGAGCGAGAGAAAACCACAGCAGAGCUGGAAGCAUGGCAACUGAGACAGACACAAAAAGCAGAGGAAGACGCCCCCGUGAAACUCCACAGUCAGGAGGACAAUCGAAUCAAACUGAAAGCCACAACAGAGAAGCAAGAAAACGGAUGUUCGGAUAGAAGAACUGUCAAACUGGGUCACAGAGGCAGGGAAGCAAAGUGCACGAAAAAACAAGCGGACCUGCCUGCUCCAAGACUCGCUGGAAACAUUCGAGUCACAUUUACCCCACGAGUUUUCCCAACAGCCCUCAGGGAAUCGAGAGUGCAAGAGGAGGAGGAGUGGCUCAGGAAACAAGCUGAAGCCAGGCGUGCAGUGAAUGCAGAUGCUGAGGAGCUGAAGGACCUGAAGGAGGAGGAGAGGAACCCUGACUGGUUAAAGGCCAAAGGAGACAAAUACUUUGCGACCGGGGACUACCUGAGCGCAGUGAACGCCUACAACUUGGCUAUCAGGCUCAACAGAAAGAUCCCAGCGCUGUAUUCAAACAGGGCUGCCUGUCAUCUGAAGUUAAGAAAUCUUCACAAGGCCAUUGAGGAUUCCUCUCAGGCACUUGAUCUGUUGACUCCACCAGUUGAUGCUAAUGCAGCUGCCAGGGCCAGAGCCUUCGUCCGCCGAGGAUCUGCCUUCUGCCAGCUACAGCUCUAUGCAGAAGGGCUACAAGACUACCAAGCUGCUCUGAAGACUGACCCCCACAAUGAGGCGCUGCAGGCAGACAUACAGAGAAUACGAGACAUUAUUCAAGGGAAGUGAGCAGCAAAGUCAGAGGAGGAGAGAGAAAGACAGAGACGGGGCGAUGCUGGAAGAGAAAGAGAAGAACAGAGUGUGGGAUAAAAUAAUCACAUCUAAAUUAACCUUUAAAGAUCCCUUGGGAAAUUGGAGACCUCUCGGCACUUUUUAAAUUCUACAACCAUCUCCCCUUCACAGUCCUCCCAUGGCCCUUUUAACCAGGAGUUAAUUAGUCUUUUCAUUAUCCAUAAAAGAAUUAAUUGAUUAAUGAGAAAUGGCUCCGUUGGCGCCGUGGCAACUGCCGCGAUUGCUCUGUGUUCGCGUCCCGGUGCCUGUUUGUCGCUUUGUCCGCGGCGGCGGCGGCUAAUCCCGGUUUUCCUCGCUGUUCCUCCUCCUAGAGGAAGACGUCUGCCGAUCUGGACACACGGCUCGGGUCACCUGAACAGCAAAGUGAAGUACUGGAACACUGCUGCUUCGUCGGUGGCUGUUUUGUCGACCCAUUGUCUUCUGCGGCGGCGGUUGUUAGCCGCUUCAGUACAAGCGGGGUCGCUUCCGGUGGCCUACGUGCUGACGGCCGAAGGUGGUGGUGGUGUCCCCGUGUCCCACGGCCAGGUCUUCAGAACUGAAGAAGCCUUUUGGAUGUGAGGUGAAACGUCUUCAGGUACCUUCAACCAAGUCCAGUCGCCCUCGAAUCGCGUUCAGGAGGCUUCUUCAGCUGUGCAGAAGAAAAAGGUCCUCCCACACAUUUCUGUGUUGCCAGAUUGGAGAUGGCGUUCCACUGGUACUGAAGCAUCAUCUGUGACACAAGAGUAUGAGAGACAAUGGGCACAGUACUACCAGGGACCCUGCUUCACUAAACAGGCUACUGCAAAGUGGCUACAACCAAAAUCCACCUGGGUGGAUGUCCAGGGUGAUCCGAUCACAAGGGGACAGCUCUAAGCACAUCAGUUCACUCCUGGCAUUAAAAGCUUGUUGGCAGAGCAUCACAGACAUCUCCGAACCCCAGUGCCCUUUGUGCACAGCUGGCAGUGUGGACACCGCAGACACCAGGAUUCAGUGGCUGCUGUACA